CUGUCUUGGCUUAGGCGCAAGGCGAUAUGGCCGAGGCUGAAGAGGUUUUUCGGUUUCCGCUUGUGGCCGAGGGGAACUGGGGCUGCAGCCUGAGCAAAAAUCUGAAGAACAAACUCCACUGUUACUUCCAAAGCCCGAAGAGAUCGGGAGGCGGGGAGUGCAAGAUCCACGUGAACCCCGGCAGAGAGGGGCAGAUAACGGUGUAUUUCGCUAAGGAAGAAGUGAGAGAGAGGGUCCUUAAUAUGAAGCAUCAUGAACUCAGUCUGCCAGAAAAUAAGAAAUUGAAGCUAAUGGUCUUCCUGCCUUCAGUGGGAGUAGUGCCUGAUAACAGUGAGCUUCUGGAGGAACAAGAUCCAAGCCAGAAGCCUGUUGCAGCUAAAGAACCCCAUCAGCUUGGUGAACAGUCACUUGUAAACUACAGUUCAGAUGCAAAUUCAGAUUAUUCAGAAAAGGAGGCAGGAAAAAUGGCCAUCCAGGAGAGCUUCAGUGUGGUGGUAAUGGCAGAUGCAGACAGUGAAAUUCAGAUGGACUUCUUGGAGAUGUAUUUUGAGAAUAAGAAAUAUUCUGGUGGAGGGCCCGUAAAGUCCUGCAUUAAAGAUGGUCAGCAAUUCAUCAUCACCUUUGAAAAUGAAGCAGAUGCUCACGAAGUUUUGCGAAGAGAUCAUCACCAAGUAAAUAAAAUUGUACUUCAUGUCAGAAAAUACCAGCAGGAAUUGAAGCAAGAUCAGUCUGAGACAUCAUCUUCUCUAGUGGUUCUGGAGAAUGUGAAAGAGACUACAAUUAAGUGUAUGCUUGUUCUGUUGGUAGAGACUGUGAGUGGUCUCUCAGAAGAGGACAGAGAUUUUGAUGUGGAAAUGGUGCCUGAGAGCAAUGCUGCUGUCAUUACUUUUAUCAAGCCUAUUGAAACAGGCACAUUUAUUAAAGAAUUCAACCAGUACCAUAGGGUUAAGCAACAAAAGAUUUCAGCACGACCUUUGGAAAUAACUGAAAGCAUCCUGGUAGAAAAUAUUCCUCCUGGCAUUUCUAAAGACUAUAUUAUUAUCUAUUUUGAAAGCAAGAAGCAUGGUGGUGGGGUGGUGCUGGAAACUACCUACAUUCCUGAAGACAAUUCUGCCAUGAUUACAUUUCAGGAUGGCAAAGUUGUAACUACCAUCUUGCAGCAAAAGCAUUCUCUUAUGAACGUGCCAGUUUCUGUUUAUCCGUACUACAAAUCUUUGGGAGCUGCUGUUUAUGGGAAGGAAAGAGCACAAAUUAAGAUGCCAGACCCAUUCCAAGUAUCUAUUGACCCCUACCACUGGCAGUUUUUAAAGCAGAAUUAUCGAUUGCUUCAGGAAAUAACACAUGAAAUGGCAGGCCAUUGUUGUGAAAUCAAAUGGCCUUCUGAGCUCUGUGCAAACCCAGAAAUCAUGGUACAUCCUUCACGUGACUUGUCAAAGAAAAAACGAUCCUUGGUGAAGACCUGGAAAGAAGAAGCUUUAACCCAUCUUACACAGAUCCUAUCACAGCAGAAAGUUGUCAAGUGUGAAAUUAAUUCUGAACUGUGGGAAGCCAUAAGAAAUAGUCUAGUAAAAGAUGACAUUUUGAUCUUUCAAGAUGCUUCAAAGAAAGAAGUUGUUUUGGCGGGGGCAGCAGGCAGUGUAAAUGAUACAGAGCAGGAAAUGAAGAUGCUCAUAGAAAAUGCUGUUAAAAAGAUAGAGAGAGAGAGACAAACAAUACAGGAAACAAUAUCAGUUACUGCUUGCAAAUACACCAUUUUAUGCAAUUCUGGACUACAAGAGAGUAUUUGCUCAGAGUUUCCAGAGCUAAAGAUUGCUUAUGAUGCUUCCAAAGAACAUAUAACUUUGCGUGGCCUAGUUGCUGAAGUUUUUAAAGUGAAAAGUGACAUCCUUGAAAGAAUAUCCUGUAUGGUCCAGAAACCUGUUGAUGUUCAUUCUAAUAUUCUUCUUUUUCUACAACUUGUUGAUAAUGUGUCUCUGUCUCAGCUCUUAUUCUGGACCAAAAAGAUAAAUGCCUUUUAUGAGUUCAAUAAUGAGUCUGUUCAACUGAUUGGAGGAAUUCUUCAGGACCUUCACAGAGCUGAGGAGGAACUAAACAAAGAUCUGACUUUCCAAACUAUUGAACUAGAGGACUGCACAAUUACGAAAAAGAAAGAGUGGAUGGAACUAACAGAACAGUUGUACAAGUCAUAUAAUUGUUCAGGUGAAGCUAUCAUAAUUCAGGAACUGGAAGGUCAAAUAGUCGUUGCAGGUUAUUUCAAAGAAGUGCUCAUUGUCCAUCAGAAGCUCUCUGAUUUUGUUGACAACAAUACAUAUAUUCAAAGAAAUAUCAAAACAAAGUCUACUGCUGUUGUAAUGUAUGUACAACAGGAAAAGCGCCAAAACUGGAUUAACUUAGAUAAGCAAGGUGUAAAAAUACAUUUUGGUAUAUGGACAAGCGACAAAGUGAUUUGCCUUGAAGGACCCAGAGUUGCAGUUCUGAAGGGAGUCGAGGUUUUUCAUAACAUAUUGUCUGAUCUCCACACUGUUAAUGUAGUCAUUGAUAAACCAGGGGCCAAGGCAUUGUUCAAAGAACAAGAAGAGUUGUACAUUAGUGGUGCAAAACAAAGAUUUAACUGUUUGAUCAAGAUUCAGGAAGGCAUAAAAGUUGAAGAAACUGGAGAAGAUGGGAAUGGCUAUGGAGAGGAGCAACAGUCAUGCUAUGAAGUUAAGCUAAGAAAUGGUAUUGUAGUAAUUGUUCAGAAAGCUGACUUGACCCAGUGUUCUACUGAUGUUAUAGUCAACGCAUCAAAUGAAGAGUUGAAGCAUAUUGGUGGUCUAGCAAAAGUGCUCCUGAGCGCAGCUGGUCCAGAGCUACAAAAAGAGUGUGAUGACCAUGUGAGGCAAUAUGGACUCUUCAAGACUGGUUGUGCAACUAUCACAAGUGCUGGGAAAUUGCCAUGUAAACAGGUGAUUCAUGCUAUUGGGCCAAGGUGGAACAGUGCUGAAAAAGAAAAAUGUAUACAGCUGUUAAAGCAGUCUGUGAGGGAGAGUUUAAAGCUAGCAGAUAGUUGCAAACAUCGCUCCAUAGCCAUUCCUGCCAUAAGUUCUGGAGUUUUUGGGUUUCCAUUAAAACAGUGUACCCAUUCAAUUGUAACAGCCAUCAAGGAAAGCGUAGAAGAUCUUUCUGAGAACAGCUGCCUAAAACAGAUUUACCUUGUGGAUAUCAGAAAAGAUACUGUUCAAGCUUUUUCUGAAACCCUGAAUGAAGUGUUUGGGCCCUCAGCUUCUAAAACAGACUUGUUUUCCAAAGCUAAGCAUCCUGCUGCAGAAAGCCUACCAGGACCUGAAGUGCUGAUGACAGCUGAAGGCCUAAAAAUACUGCUUCAGAAGAAAGGAAUUGAAGAGACAGCAACUGAUGUGAUUGUCAAUAGUGUUGCCAGAGAUUUGCAGCUUGACAGAGGACCACUUUCCAAGGCUCUUCUGGCCAAAGCAGGAGCAGAACUCCAAGUGGAAUUAACCCAAGAAGGUCAAGGGAAAGACAUCAAAGAGGGCUGUUUGCUCAAAACCAGUGGUUAUGCUCUGGGCUGCUCUCAUGUGCUUCAUGCCAUUUUACCUGCUUGGAAUCAAAGAAAGAAUUCAGAAAGCAAGAUCCUAGAGGACAUCAUUGAGGAGUGUCUGAAAGUCACUGAACAACUCUCUCUGAAGUCCAUCACCAUCCCAGCAAUUGGAACUGGGAACUUAGGCUAUCCCAAGCAGCUUGUGGCUAAACUGAUGUUUGAUGAACUUCUCAAAUUCAGUCGGACAGAAAAUCCGAAGUCCCUUAAAGAAGUUCAUUUUGUGCUGCAUCCCAGUGAUACCACCACCAUCCAGGCAUUUACGGAUGAAUUAAACAGCAGGUUGACUGGAAGCCAAACAAACUCCUCGGUGCCCAAGGCUGCAUCUGAGAAUUUUCAGCAGGGAAGUCGAGCUUUCUUUGGGCGGAUUUCAACUCCAAAAUAUGGAAGUAGUAAAAUGCAAAUUGGCUCAGUUGAGUUGCAAGUGGAACAGGGAGAUAUUACUGAUCAGAAGACAGAUGCGAUCAUAAACAUAACCAAUCAAACAUUUAAUCUCAGAAAUGGUGUUUCCAAAGUAAUUAUGGCAAGUGCUGGUCCAGCGGUGGCAAAAGAAUGUGUUGAACUGGCUUCUCAGCCACACAAUAAUCUCAUAUGCACUCAAGGAGGAAAUCUGCCUUGUAAAAAUAUAAUCCAUCUUAUGAACAACAGUGAUAUCAAAAAGCAAGUCUUUAAAACACUCAUGGAAUGUGAGCAGAGGCAAUUUACAUCUGUUGCAUUUCCAGCAAUUGGGACAGGAAAUGCAAGACGUGAUCCAGUUAUAGCAGCUGAUAGCAUGAUUGACGGUAUAGUAGACUAUGCAAGUAAAACAUCUGCCCCCAGGGUGAGAGAGAUUAAAAUAAUCAUUUUCCAGCCACAUCUACUAGAUGUGUUUUAUACAAGCAUGCAGAGAAAAGAAGUUACAGCUAGUAAGACUGGUGGUACUGCAAACACAUCAAAAUCCUUUUUGUCUAAAGUAGCAGAAUUCUUUACCACCAAAAAACCUGCUGUGGAAUUAAAACCUGCCUUAUUUUUUGAGAGAAUGGUUGAGCCAGCCAUUUUCCAGAUUUGUGGUGACCACCAGAAAAAUGUGGAAGAUGCAGCAUCGUGGAUUAAAAACCUGAUGUUAGAGUACCAGAAUGAAUACACUGUCUCAGAUGAAUGGAUCUCAAACUUUGGAGAAAGUGAAUAUAAAAAACUGGAGGACCUCCAGACCACAUUGCACAUUGUCAUUAAACUAGAUAAUGAAGCUUCUCCUCCCUCCCUUUGUAUUUGUGGUAUAACUAAAGAUGUCUUGCGUGCCAGUGCAGAAAUACAGGCAAUGAUCCGAAUGAUCCGAGAGGGCAGAGAAGAAAAAUCCAAGGCAGAUCUUCUCAGCAACCUUGUGGAGUGGCGGUAUGAAGACAACGGGCAAUACAAAUCUUUUGACAGCCUGACCAAUAUGCAGCUAGAAGCUGCAGCACAAAAUCAGAAGCUGCAUGAACUGACUAUACAGAACAAGCGUUACAAAGUGGACCCCAGUCGACUCUGUGCAACUGAUGACCAGGGAACAUGCAUUGCACUUCGGCGUGUUGCAAAAGUGGAAGAUAAUCUGGCAACAGCAGUUCCUGAGGAGUGGGAUGACAUGGAGGAAACGCUGCGUGUCAAAGUGGUAGAGCUAAAACCAGAAAUGAAGGAAUAUAAAAAAGUCCAGGAUAUGUUUAACCAAACAUGCAAGGGAUAUACCAUUCAAAAGAUUGAGAGGGUACAAAAUCUCUACUACUGGCAGGCAUACCAAAUAAAAAAGCAGGAGAUGGAUGCUAAAAACAUCAACAGAAAUAACGAGAGGCUCCUUUUUCAUGGAACAGCCAGUACAUCAUUAACCCUCAUCAAUAACACUGGCUUUAACAGGAGUUACGCUGGAUUGCAUGCUGCCAAUUAUGGAAACGGAACUUACUUUGCUGUAAAUGCCUGUUAUUCUGCCCACAAUACCUAUUCGAAGCCAGAUGCAUCUAGGACAAAAUAUAUGUACCUUGCUAGAGUGCUUGUGGGGGAAUAUUGUGUCGGGUCAAAAGGAUUAGUUGUCCCAAACCCAAAAAGUGGGACAGAUCCCACUGAUCUGUUUGACAGUGUGACUGAUGACUUGAGAAGGCCCUCAAUUUUUGUAAUUUUCAAUGAUAUCCAAGCAUAUCCAGAGUAUCUCAUUUCAUUCCACCAAUCUGUAUUAUCAUAACUUGGUUAGUUGAACUAAUAAUGCAAAAAAUUGAAUUAUGUAUUUGUAUGUUUAAAAAAAAACUAUGUAUGUAUGAAUGAAUAAAAUAAUACACUAUUCAGAAGGUAGGAAACUUUCUUCCUUUUCUAUUGAAAAUGAGAGUUUAGAAGUUCCAGUUUCUUCAGGAUGCUCCAAAUGUUAUUGAUGAACUCAGACAAAAUAGAUGCAACAAGUUAGGAAUUUUACAAGUAACAAUACCAGCAUGUUAAUGAAUAGUCAAGAAAAGCAAAAUGCAAAUGUUAAGGUCAGUACCUUUCACAUAGCAUAAAUCAUAUUUAGAUCUAUAAGAUAACAAUUACAAACAGCAAAUACAAAAUGCAGAGUUUUUUUAA